CAUCAUCCGGGAAGAGGAGGAAGAGAGAGCAAAGAGGCCCUUGAGAGCUGCUCCCUACGAAACGUGCCUCGUGGCGAAAGCUGUGGGAGUCCCAGAGCUGGCCUGGUUUACUCCUCUUCCCUCAGGGGCUGCACCAUGGCCUCAGAGGCACCGUCCGGAUUGUCUCUUCUCUGGGAUAGAGUGGAAAGAGCAGCUGGGCAGCCGCAUCAGCAUCUGUUGCCCUUCCAGGAUCUGGUGACCUUUGAGGAGGUGGCUGUGUAUUUCACGGAGGAGGAAUGGGCCCUGCUGGAUCCUGGCCAAAGAGCUCUGCACAGGGAAGUCAUGGAGGAGAAUUAUGAGACGGUGGCCUCUCUGGGAUACAUCUGGGGGGUCAAGGCUGAGGGAGAACCAUCUGAAGUAUCACUGGAAAAAGCUGAGGAGCACGUGCAGGAGCAGAAACUGAGGAGGCAAGAUGGAGCAAAGAGACAAGACGAGAGACAGACUCACAUAGCGGACAAACCCCAUAAAUGCUUGGAGUGUGGAAAGAGCUUCAGUCAGAGUGGCACCCUUACUUUGCAUCAAAGAACUCACAGAGGGGACAAACCUUAUACAUGCUUGGAGUGUGGAAAGACCUUCAGUCGGAGUAGCCACCUUACUUUGCAUCACAGAACUCACACAGGGGACAAACCUUAUACAUGCUUGGAGUGUGGAAAGAGCUUCAGUCAGAGUGGGAACCUUACUUUGCAUCAAAGAACUCACACAGGGGACAAACCUUAUAAAUGUUUUGAGUGUGGAAAGAGCUUCAGUCGGAGUGACACCCUUACUUCGCAUCAAAGAACUCACACAGGAGACAAUACUUAUAAAUGUUUGGAGUGUGGAAAGAGCUUCAGUAAGAGUGGCAACCUUAACUUGCAUCAAAGAACUCACACAGGGGACAAACCUUAUACAUGCUUGGAGUGUGGAAAGAGCUUCAGUCACAGUGGCAACCUUACUUUGCAUGGAAGAACUCACACAGGGGACAAACCUUAUACAUGCUUGAAGUGUGGAAAGACCUUCAGUCGGAGUAGCCACCUUACUUCGCAUCAAAGAACUCACACAGGGGACAAACCUUAUACAUGCUUGGAGUGUGGAAAGAGCUUCAGUCAGAGUGGCCACCUUACUUCGCAUCAAAGAACUCACACAGGGGACAAACCUUAUACAUGCUUGGAGUGUGGAAAGAGCUUCAGUCGGAGUGGCCACCUUACUUCGCAUCAAAGAACUCACACAGGGGACAAACCUUAUAAAUGCUUGGGGUGUGGAAAGAGCUUCAGUCAGAGUAACACCUUUACUUCGCAUGAAAGAACUCACACAGGGGACAAACCUUAUACAUGCUUGGAGUGUGGAAUGAGCUUCAGUCAGAAUGGCAACCUUACUUUGCAUCAAAGAACUCACACAGGGGACAAAUCUUAUACAUGCUUGGAGUGUGGAAAGAGCUUCAGUCACAGUGGCCACCUUACUUCACAUCAAAGAACUCACACAGGAGACAAACCUUAUAAAUGUUUCGAGUGUGGAAAGAGCUUCAGUAAGAGUGGCAACCUUACUUUGCAUCAAAGAAUUCACACAGGGGACAAAUCUUAUACAUGCUUGGAGUGUGGAAAGAGCUUUAGUAAGAGUGUCAACCUUACUUCGCAUCAAAGAACUCACACAGGGGACAAACCUUAUACAUGCUUGGAGUGUAGAAAGAGCUUCAGUCACAGUGGCCACCUUACUUCGCAUCAAAGAACUCACACAGGAGACAAAUGUGAUGUUGCUGUAUUAAUGUAAAUGUGGUAAGUGCUGUUUGUAUAGAAGACCUAUGGUAAGUGGAGUGAAAGAGGAGGGGGGAAUACAUGAGCAGUAGAAUGCUGGAUGAUUGGCUGAGCGUUAGAAUGGCUGAGCGUUUAAAAGGAAGAAUGACAGUUGAAUCUGGGUGGGUGUUAUUGUGGGUUUUAGAGGUGGAUGUGGAUGAUAGAGUUCGAUGUCGGUGCAGAUUGUGUGGAGAGUUGGUGGAUGUGAGGAGAGUGUGGAGUUCGGAUUAAUACUAAGACAAGUAUCACAGGAAUAGAUGAAACCAUAUGCUUAUGUGCCUAUAUAAAGUAAUCUUGUUAUUUCUAAUAUUUAAUAAACACUAUUUUGGUUUACCGGAGGCCUGAUCCUUGGCUGGGGAAUAUACAGACCAGAAGGGAGGCUGAAGGGAAACUGUAACAAUUGGUGGCAGCGGUGAAGGGAAGAAUAUAACACCACAAGUAUCCAGAGCAACCCAGAAUUAUAUGCAUUCUAUAUAGAUCAAAGGGAUUGGGGACAGCUUAAGCAUGCAGUCACAGAGAUAACCUGAUAGAGAGAGACUCAGGCAGAGUCUCUGGGAAUACUGGUUAUAGGACGUGACUGGUGGUGCUGCCUAGCAGGGGGAUCUGGUGAGGUCUGUGCUAGAGCAGAGAGAGAAAACAUAAAAAAAGGACAGUCUGGACUGGUGGAGUCCCUGGUGGUGCCUAGUAACAGGCAGUAGCCACGAGCAGGUAGGAACCUGACAGGGAGAGCCGGGGAAGGGCGUCACAGGUGUUGGCUGUAGCAGUGGGAUACGAACAACAGAGAAUUCAGAUUUGAAUACUAGAGAAUCCCUAAAAGUGGUGUGGCAAACAGAAAUAACAAAUAAAUAUUACUAGAGAGUGUCGUGUCCCGGACUGGACCCAGAGAUCAGACCAGAUUGUGAAAACAGUUCAGUCUUUAUUAAUGUAAUAUCCAAAGAAAGGCUGCGCCUUCUUAUGAAGAAGCACAAUACACGUGUCCAGUGACAUGCAAGAAAGUUGACAGAACAAGGAAUUCCUGCCCCCCCUUAUCCUUAUUAAGGGGGCUUUCUGGCGCGGAUUCUCUCACUCCGCCUUAGAGUGCUUUCUUCCCCGCCCCUCCUCUCUCUCCCCGGCUCAUUUUUCCUUUCUCCGGGUUCGUGGUGAGG